GCAACUUCCACUGCUGUUGAGUGUGUCUUCUCGCAAGGUUAUUGGCUUAUUGAUCUCAUGUGCAAUACCCUCUCUAUCAGUGCAAUUUGCACAUUCCUUUGUCUAGGGAUGUGGAAACAGAAGGACAUGCUACGGGAUUCUGACCUCCUUGAGACCAUAGCCUCUGUAGGCAAGUGCAAGCAUGCUCAGUUGGGCACUUCUGACAGUGCUUAA